AUGGGCGAUACAGCUGCCCAGAGACCACAGUCAACGCGGCGGCGGCUCCGGCGGCUCCUCACCGGAAGCGCGCGGCGGCGGCGGCGGAGGCGACUCACCGGAGGCGCGAGCGGCGGCGGCUCCUCACCGGAACGCGGCGGCGGCGGCGGCUCCUCACCUAAAGCGCGGCGGCGGCUCCGGCGGCUCCUCACCGGAAGCGCGCGGCGGCGGCGGAGGCGACUCACCGGAGGCGCGAGCGGCGGCGGCUCCUCACCGGAAGCGCGGCGGCGGCGGCGCGCGGCGGCGGCUCCGGCGGCUCCUCACCGGAAGCGCGCGGCGGCGGCGGAGGCGACUCACCGGAGGCGCGGCGGCGGCGGCGGCUCCUCACCGGAAGCGCGGCGGCGGCGGCGGCGGCUCCUCACCGGAAGCGCGGCGGCGGCGGCGGCUCCUCACCGGAAGCGCGGCUCACCGGAGGCGCGGCCUGACGUAACCGGGCGCUCGGCCCGCCGAACGCGGCUGACGCUGCGCAGCCAGAGAGCAGGCACCGCCGCCGCCUGGGCUUGGAACGCAGCGCGCGCGGCCAUGGCCUCCGGCGCCGCAGCUAAGCGGGCGCAGGGCGAGCGGGCGGCGGGACGGCAGCCCCGGCCCCGGCCCCAGCGCUGGGCUGACCGUGUGCCCCCUCGUCUCGUCCCACAGAGGCGGACCCUCGACAGAGGCUGCUGCGCACCGUCAAGAAGGAGUCACCGUAAGUUCCCGGUGAGGAAUCCGAGUUUUCAAAGACUGGGUAGAAUCUACGGAGGAGAUAAGAAUGCUGAGGAAGACUCUAUAACCAGCAGCUCUGAGAUGAAGAUCUGGAUCCUAGUGCAGAUCAACUCAGAAUGUCAAAGGAAGGAACAGCAAAGUCAGCGAUGGAAGCAAAGGAAGAUGGUGUUGGUAUUAUUGAAAAUAUGCCACCAGAGCAAACAGUUUAAUGACAGUGUGACUUCUGCUGGUGGAGUGCAUAAAAAUUACAGAAGUGAUAUGAUGUUAGCAUUAGAAUUAGGAGAAGAGGAAGAUGUAGAAUCACCUUCUCUUCCUGAGUAUCAAGUUCCAUUAAAGGUUGAAGAAAAAAAGAAGCACAGAGGAAGUGACAUGGAAGUAUCAGAAAACAUACAUGGUGCUGUGGCUGCUGGAUUAAUUCCACAAAGACAGAAUGGAAAAACUGAUAACCAUCGAUUGGCUAUUACAGAAAAUAAAGAUUCUGAUAGUCUGCUUCCUGCUCCACCGCUGCAGCCAGCGUUCACCGUCGAGGCCAAGGACAAUGUCACCACAGUCUUUGUUCUGAACUUGAUUUCAUUUGUCUCUCCUUUUUGCUCCUGUACCAUUUUCCGGGUGCCUUUCCUGUAGUCCUCAUCCCCCUCAUAUUUAUUUCUGUAUCUCUGUAGUUUGACUGGCCAACUCUUCCCAAUUAUAAAUGCUUUGAUGUACGGAAAUGUCUCUCACUUACCUUCAUGUCCCUUAUGGCACCUGUUACCGGGACUUAACACACAGAAGAUGCUCAGUAAAUAAGUAUCUAACUGGAGGAAGGGGGAAACUCUGCUAGAAUAAAGGAAGCCAAUCAUUUUUACCUGAACUUUUUUUAAAAAUUCUCUUUGAAUGUUUAUUUAGUUUUGACAGAGAGAGAGAGAGAGAGAGAGAGAGAGAGAGAGAGAAUGAGCGGGGGAGGGGCAGAGAGAGGGUGAGACACAGAAU